AUGCUGUUCCGUGGUAGUUUAUUCGACAGCGAGACCGCCAUCUUUGACUCUCUUCGAGUAGAACUGGAGACCCAAUACCAACAAUCCGACAGCGUCUUCCAGUCUGCUGGAAUUGCUCACUUUGAAGGCUACAUUAUUGCUAAGUCUUCCCGUUCAGUCUUAACGCUGUGGAUCAAACGGUCGGAGACUCUAGUGACCGUCUGGCUGACAGUAAAACGCUGUCGCACGUGCAUCAUUUGCACGCCAUGCUUCACACCGACUUGUGUGAGAGUCUCGCCUUUGGGUCAAGGCUUGACUCAAGCGGCGUUUUCUGCAAGUGAUGUGGCCGUCGGGACACUCGCGAAUGUCCUUGUAGGGUGCCACCAUCGCACUGUGAUCGUCAUGCAUCAUGUGUUGGAAAAACUGCUUCUUGUCGAGGAUACGCGCUCGCUGCUUGGUUGA